GGGAUGCUCGGAGAGAACGGGAAACAUGCAGAUGCAGGAAAAGAUGACCGGUUCGACUUACUCGCGAUUUUGGAAAGCUUUCUAACCUGACCUGGACUAUUAGGAGCUGCCAGUACCCGGAAGUAGGUCUUAAGACCACCCUCCACCCCAGCGCGAGACGGCGAGCAUCAUUAGAAAAUGUCUAUUUUAUUGCGAUUUUGCCAACUUUCUUAAUGCCGCUCAGCAGUAGGUCCAUGGCCGCCGCUUCCCUUCUCCGUUGACUGCCGAGCCAAGCUGGCCUCCCCGGCGCCCCCGUCCCUUCCCCCCGACCCCGACCCAGAUCCGGGUCCCGACCACGCUGGCGAGGAGCACUAUGUAGGGGAGGGCGAGUCCAGCCAGCUCGAUGCACACCGGGUGCCCUCGGACUACAAGGACGCCGAGACCAUCACGGAUGUGUGUAACAGCACCGAGCUGCCGGAGUUUGAGAUCAUCAGCCUGUUGGAGGAGCAGCUUCCGGUUUAUCGUCUGCGAGCGGACACGAUGUACGGCUACGAACGCGAUGACUGGCUGCACACGCCCCUGGUGGCCGUGGACACCUCGCUGGACCUGACCUCCGAGCAGAUAGACGAGACUCUUAAAUACUUCUUGCUGUGUGCGGACAGAGUGGGCCAGAUGACCAAGACCUACAAUGACAUUGAUGCUGUCACACGACUUCUGGAAGAGAAAGAGAGAGAUCUGGAGUUGGCGGCAAGGAUCGGUCAGUCCCUCCUGAAGAAGAACCGGGUUCUGACGGAGCGGAAGGACUAUCUGGAGGAGCAAGUGGGACAAAUGACGGAGGAGGUGGCACAGCUGCACCAUGAGCUGAACCUGAAGGACGAGCUGCUGCACUUCUACACCAACGCUGCCGAGGAGAGCGAGGAGGAGUCGGGCGCUUCCCCAACGUCAGCACGGAGUUCCUGGCAUCAAUCCACCCAAAGCUGCCCCGCAUGUGCAGUAGUGCCGGUGGGAGCCUUACCUUGUGUUUACCUUUCUCCAAGGGGCAGGAAGAGUCGAGCGGAUGCUGCGUCCGGAAUGUUCCUGAGCGACACGCUGCAGAAGAAACUCCGAGAGCUUGAAGAAGAGAACCUGUCCCUGCGAUCUGAGGCCAGCCAUCUCAAGUCGGAGACAGAAACGUACGAGGAGAAGGAGCAGCAGCUGGUCAACGACUGCGUGAAAGAACUCAGGCUGUCCAGUCGCCAGAUCUCCACCAUCGCUGAGGAGCUGGCCCGCAAGACCGAGGACGCCUCGCGACAACAGGAGGAGAUCACACACCUCCUGUCCCAGAUUGUGGACCUGCAAAAGAAAACCAAAUCUCUGGCGGUGGAGAACGAAGAACUCUUGCAUCAUCUGGUCGCAGCUAAGGAUGCUCAGAGGCAGCUGACCGCAGAGCUGCAAGAGCUGGAGAUGAAGUACUUGGAGUGCAUGGAGAUGCUGAGCGAGGCCCAGCAGGAGCUGAAGAACCUGAGGAACGCAAACUACGCUGUGGGAACCCCCAGACGCUUCCAUCCUCUGGGACUCUACCCCAUGGACUCUCUGGCUGCAGAGAUUGAGGGAACCAUGAGGAAGGAGUUAAGUCUGGAUGAGCCAGAGUGUGAACAUCAAAAAGUCCAUCGCAGGCGCGUCUUCCAGACGGUGAAGAACAUCAACCAGACGGUGCGCCAGCGCUCUCCGACCCCGACCGGCACCAACAUCCCGGGCUCCAACCGGUCCUUGUCCUCCUCGUGCACGUCGCCGCAGUCCAGCGGGCUCACAAGUCCCCGCUCCGGCGUGUGUGCGCGGGACCUCGGCGGGGACGGCGUCCCUCUUGACAACCGCGUGCAGAGCAUCCUCAUGGAGGCGGAGAGGAGCGCAGAGAGUGAAGGGAAGAGCGGGGCCCAGGACUUGCGUGUGGCCCUGCGCCGCUUGUCUCUACGCCGGCAGAACAACCUGAGCGAGAGGCGAUACUUUGACGAGGAGAGGGAGCGCAAGCGAGGCGGCCACCCAGACACCCUGGGGGGUGUGGUCACACCCUCUGAAAGCAUCAUGUCCCUGGGAAACCUGCACCUGUGGGCCUCCAGGGGGCCCUACCUGCCCGACAAACUCCAGAUUGUCAAGCCGCUUGAAGGGUCGGCCACCCUGCACCACUGGCAGCAGUUAGCCCAGCCGCACCUCGGGGUCAUCCUGGACGCCAGACCAGGGGUGGUGUCCAAAGGCUACAGACCCCUUGAAAUGGAACUAGAAGAGGCGUAUUCAUGGGGCAGCUUUGAGGAGGAAGAAGCAGCAGCAGAUCGCUACUUCCAGAACUUACCCACCUGCUCGCCAGCAGGGCCCUGCACCAGCAGCAGCCUACCGCCCGCCCACCUGGUCCCGCUUUCUCCCCCCUUACCAUCUCCCUCACCGCAUCUUAGCAACACGGAUGCACUAGCUGCUUACUACCCAGGUAAAUGCAUGGCUCACACGAGCUCCACCUACACCUUCACCACAUGCCGCAUCCUGCACCCCACUGACGAGCAGACGCACGUCACACCCAGUCUGAACGCCAUCGCUGCCACCUCCUCCUGCGUGAUGACCAGCUCUCUGCUGCCCGCCGCCACACCCUGCACACCUCGCAGGCUCAGUCUCAGUCUGAGGCCCUCGGAAUCAUCCACCAACCUCAGGGACGGCACCCGCACCACCAGCACCUCCCUGGGCUUAGUGCGCCUCCUACAGGAGAGAGGGAUCUCUGCAGCCGUGUAUCACCAGAGUCAGGCCAGUGAGGGCGUCUUAUUCAGCACCUCCAUCACGCCCGACAGAGCCCGCCACCCAGACCCCCUGCGCCCCGCAACACCUCCAAACUCCCCCACCGGACAGGGGGCCACGUCUAUGGACUUUGACUUCAAGAGCCCCUCCUAUGACAACUUCCUGGCCUCCAAACCGGCACGUUCCAUCCUGAAGGAGGUGACUGCGGGCACCAGGGGCCGCCAGAGGGGGCGGGACUGCGAGAGCCAGACUGACGUGAGCGUGAGCGUGCACAACCUCAACCUGCUGGACAAGGUGAAGCGUCUGGGUGUGGCCCGGCCGGUGAGUCCAAGCCCCAUGCUGGGGCCUCUGGGUGGGCUGCGAAGAUCGGGCUCCCCCUUUGGGCCUGAGGGGAUAAGACGGAACAGGAGUUACCCGGCGAGCAUGGCCAUGAAGGCCCCGGGUCCUCCUGAGUAGUCUGGACCAGGGAAAUGGGAGGAGCCAAUCUGGCGCUGGGCAGUCACAUGACAUGUGGCUUGAACAACAGCCAUUACAUUAGGUACACCUGACAUCAUACAACGGUGGACUUGAGGGGAAAAAAACGGAGAAUAACAAUAGUAGGAUUUUUCAGGUUUACAGUAAUAACCACUGUAGAUUUUACGGCCAAAUAAUAUCGCAAGUCAGUCUGCAGAAUUAGGUUGACCGUCAUUUGCUGUGGUGGUACUCUUUUUCAAUUCACUGACAGGAUGCUCAUGUUUACCUUAGAAACAAUCUUACUCUUUUUCAAUUCACUGACAGGACGCUCAUGUUUACCUUAGAAACAAUCUUACUCUUUUUCAAUUCACUGACAGGACGCUCAUGUUUACCUUAGAAACAAUCUUACUCUUUUUCAAUUCACUGACAGGACGCUCAUGUUUACCUUAGAAACAAUCUUACUCUUUUUCAAUUCACUGACAGGACGCUCAUGUUUACCUUAGAAACAAUCUUACUCUUUUUCAAUUCACAGUCAUUUGCUGUAAAAACAAUGACCGUACAAAAAUACCUGGCAAUUUACUUUUACUGUUAAAUUACAGUGAUAGCGUUUUCCCAUUUACAGCAAUGCACUGUAAACACAACGACUAUACAAUAGAUUUCAGGGUCAUGGACAAUGUUACUGUACAAGCUCUUUCAUUCACCUCAUUUUAUUGUCAUCUGCUCCGCUGAUGCAGAGGAACACUCUUUAGUCCCAGCAGGGAACAACAACAUGCAAACACUACUCAAGUGAUGGCAACACA